GCAGCCAAGGCGAGGAUGGACAAACUCUUCUUCUGGGGCUUUAUUCUGGCCUCCUCUGCCCGCUUCCAGGCGGUGCCCGCAGAGCAAGGUGCUGCACCUUCGUGCCCACCCCAGUGCCACUGUGAGGAGGAUGGCAUCAUGCUCUCGGUGGAUUGCUCGGAGCUGGGGCUCUCAGAGGUCCCUGCCGACUUGAGCCCUCUCACUGCUUACCUGGAUCUGAGCAUGAACAACAUCAGCCAGCUGCAGCCCCGCGGCCUGCGGCCCCUGCGCUUCCUGGAGGAGCUGCGACUCUCUGGGAACCAGAUCUGCAGCAUCCCAGGGGAGGCUUUCUCUGGCCUCUACAGCCUGAAGAUUCUGAUGUUGCAGAACAAUCAGCUCAGCCGCAUCCCCGCCGAGGCUCUGAGAGAUCUUCCCAACCUCCAGUCUCUCCGCCUGGAUGCCAACCUGAUCUCUGUGGUACCCGAGAAGAGCUUCGAGGGGCUGCUCUCCCUGCGUCACCUGUGGCUGGACGACAAUGCCCUGACCGAGAUCCCUGUCCAGGCUCUGAACCAGCUGCCAGCACUGCAGGCCAUGACCCUGGCACUCAACCAGAUCUGGCACAUCCCUGACUACGCCUUCCAGAACCUCAGCAGCCUCGUGGUGCUGCACCUGCACAACAACCGGAUCCAGAGCCUGGGGGCCAACGGCUUCGAGGGGCUGCACAGCCUGGAAACACUGGACCUGAACUACAACGAGCUGCUGGAAUUCCCCGGGGCCAUCAGGACGCUGGGCCGGCUGCAGGAGCUCGGUUUUCAUAACAACAACAUCAAAGCGAUCCCAGAGAAGGCCUUUGCUGGGAACCCUCUCCUGCAGACAAUCCAUUUUUAUGACAACCCCAUCCAGUUUGUUGGGCAGUCUGCCUUCCAGUACCUGCCAAAGCUCCACACUCUGUCGCUGAAUGGUGCCACUGACAUCAGGGAAUUCCCAGACCUGAAAGGCACCACCAGCCUGGAGGUUCUGACCCUGACCCGGGCAGGAAUCCACUUGCUCCCCAGGGGGAUGUGCCAGCAGCUGCCCAGCCUCCGAGUCCUGGAGCUGUCCCACAACCGAAUCGAGGACCUGCCGAGUUUCCACCGGUGCCAGCGGCUGGAGGAGCUGGCUCUGCAGCACAACAGGAUCCAGGAGAUCAGGGCAGACACCUUCCUGCAGCUGCCAGCCCUGCGCUCCAUAGACCUCAGCUGGAACUCCAUCCAGGUCAUUCACCCUGAAGCCUUUGUGACCCUGAGCUCCCUCACCAAGCUGGACCUGACUGAUAACCAGCUGGUGACGCUGCCUCUGGAUGGUCUGGGGGGACUGACCCACCUGAAGCUCCAAGGCAACCCAGCCCUCUCUGAGCCCUUCACCAAGGAGAGCUUCCCCAGGAUGAGGGUGCUGGAAGUACCUUAUGCCUACCAGUGCUGUGCCUAUGGCAGCUGCAGCAGCCUCUUCAAGGUCUCCAGCCAGUGGGAGGCAGCAGAGCUGAGCCCUGAGGAGGAGGAUGCCCACAAGAGGACCACGGAGCUGUUCCCAGGCCAUGCUGACAGCCACUAUGACCCAGAUGCAGAAGACCUCCAGCUGGAGCUCGAGGAGUCGAAGCUGCAGCCUACAGUUCAGUGCACGCCAAGCCCCGGUCCCUUCAAGCCCUGCGAGCACCUCUUCGAGAGCUGGCUCGUCCGCCUGGGGGUCUGGGCCAUCGCGCUGGUGUCGGUGCUCUGCAACGGGCUGCUGAUCCUGGCCGUCUUCGCCUCCCCCGGCUACCUCUCCCCGCUGAAGUUCCUCAUCGGCUCCCUGGCCGGGGCCAACCUGCUGACCGGCGUCGCCUGCGGCGUGCUGGCCCUGCUGGACGCCCUCACCUACGGGCAGUUCGCCAGGCACGGCGCCCGCUGGGAGCGCGGCGCGGGCUGCAGGGCCACCGGCUUCCUGUCCCUCUGGGCCUCCCAGGCCGCCACCUUCCUGCUGACCCUGGCCGCGGCGCAGUGCAGCCUCUCCGCCUCCUGCGUGCGGGGCUACGGCAAGUCGCCCUCCCUGGGCAGGGUCAAGGCCGCUGCCUUCUGCUGCCUGCUGCUGUCCUCCCUGGCUGCCGUCCUGCCUCUCUUCUCCGUCGGGGAGUACGGAGCCUCCCCCCUCUGCCUCCCCUACCCCCUCCCGGGCGGCAAACCUGCCCCGCUGGGCUUCGCCGCGGCGCUGGUGAUGACCAACAUGCUCUGCUUCCUGACCAUCACAGCCACCUACAUCCGGCUCUACUGCAGCCUGCUGCGGGGAGACUUCGGCGCCGUCUGGGACUGCGCCAUGGUCAAGCACGUGGCCUGGCUGAUCUUCACCAACUGCUUCCUCUACUGCCCAGUGGCCUUCCUCACCUUCUCCUCCAUGCUCAACCUCUUUCUUGUCACCCCGGAGGUCAUCAAGUCCAUCCUCCUGGUGGUCCUGCCCCUGCCCUCCUGCCUGAACCCCUUGCUCUACCUGCUCUUCAACCCCCACUUCCGCGACGACCUCCGCCUGCUGAGGCAGAGGAGCCAGGACAAGGAGAGCUGCCGCCAGCCCCGCGGGGCCGAGGAGCUGGAGAGGAGCUCCUUCGAUUCCACCCAGGCCCUGGUCAGCUUCUCCGACCUCGACCACAUCUUCGAGACGCCCAAGGCCCUGGGGGUGCAGCCAGCCCCCCACGGCUACAGCUUCCCCUCCAUGACACUGGUGCCCUGCCAGCAGCGGGGGGGCAGCAGGGGCAAGGAGCGAGGCUGCCCGGAGCGCUGUCCCUGCCGCAGCGACAGGGAGGCGCUGGCCCCCGCGGAGAGCCCAGCCGCCGGCAGCAGCCUGCCCAGAGCCUUCCUGCCCUCCCCAUCUCACCUCUAG